UGAGACGUAAUGACUGUAAAAUGGAGAGAGGCGGUGUGCCUUAUUGGAAACCUUCAUGACGAUCUUGUUUUGGGGAUCAUUACCUUGCAUCAUUCAUAAAACGACGUACGCUUCUGUUGCAAAGAAACUGACGCUUUUUCUACAAUCAGAUGCUUAAUAAACUAAAACGUGUUACAACAUGAACUCCCCAACUGCCCAUAUCCAAUUUGACAGCAAACACUUAGGCUACUACACUAAUAAUCGAGAGUAAUCCAGAUAAUAAAAUAAACCGAAUUUGUGUGCUAAUCCAUCAUGAUUUGUUCUAAGUAAUGUUAGUAUUCAUAUUCGGCCGCUUAACAAACAAACACCCUUUAAGAAAAACCUGUAUACACGUAAGCUGCCUAUGUUUUUGUUUUAAUAACAAGUGUGGGCGUGUGAAUCAUCCAUGUUGGCAAAAAAUAAACGUUUUCAUAAUUUACACCGAUCAUUGUUAAUAAUCCUAAAAUAAAAAAAAUAAGAUGACUAAAUGAAUGUGUCUCCAGGUGUUUGCUUAAGCCGUCAAUUACAGUAGUGUCAUGUUUCUGUUGCUCAGGGAUGGUGUAAAUGGUUUUUGUUUCGGUAAUCUGCAUUUUGCAUGUCAGGACACGCUCCAUUCAGGAAGACUAUCGUGUGUCAGAUGUUUUCUAACAUUUGUAAGGCAAUUCCGUGCGCGUUUUCAUUCCCCUAAACAAAUUUCAGCGAAAUUCUCAUGUAAAUGCUGCUCUAGUUUAUCAGAUUUAUUAUGAAAAGUUUGUGUUUGUUUAACUGAUACAGUUCUCCGAUAAAAUGUGACUCUGAUCAAACCAGUGCAGGUUGGCACAGCCUAGCCCGAUGUUGCUCACAGUGACACAAUAACCACAUCUAGCUUACACACACAUACACACACACACAAAAAACUUACUGAACUGCAACGUGCCUUGUGCUUUACUGACAUUACCAGUGUGUAAAUGAAUCCAUUUUUAAAUAAUAGCCUGUGAAUAACUAGAUUUCAGAAGUCAAGAAUUCGGUGUUUUAAUCAAGCGGUGUCACUAAAUGUAGGCUACUGAUGGAACAUGUAAAAAAUUGAAGGCCCCAAUUGAGAUACCUAUAAGUGCACUUGUAUAUAAAACCUUGUCAUAGAUCUAACUUAGUGAGCCAAUCAGGACCUGCUUCACCCCUGCGCGGCUCUUUGAGUCAUUGACCUUUUAAUUCAAAUACAUACACAGGCCUACACUGAUUAACCUUCACAUACCAUCCAUGUCAGUCCAUCUUCCGGCUGCUUAUCCAUUAACGGAUUGCGGGAAUAUUAACAACGAAACGUUUGAAGCGAACGGUAAAAUUGACGAGUUUUAUUCCAUUCGUGUAUUUAAAAUGUUUUAAUAAUAAGUGACAAUUCACCUGUAAUCCCUCAAUUACUUUUAGCCUAAAUUCUGAAGUAUAUUUCUUAAGCUUUCGUUUAACGUUUGGAAUUUUUGAGGCGAUGCUCACCUCUGAGCACAGUGAAUUGAUUUCAUCACAAUUUACCUUUAUAAACAGUAAAGUCAAGUGUCAUUCUUUUGUUAAUUACCGCCCAACCAAACGCAACUUAAUCCUCGCUUACAGUGUAAUUUCAUAAUUACCGUUUACGUAUAUUCUAUAAAAAAUGUUGGAGUUAUACAUAAUGUCUCCAUUAGUGUAGCACAACGGCAAGAGCUCAUCCCCUUCAGUUCGGUUUGUGAAAAAGAUGGGUGGGGGGAGUUGAUUGGUGUGCGCUGUAAUUAACCAUCCAGUGUCUAAUACAGCUGAAUAGCAAACGCUUAAGACGAUUGCCAUGGACUCUAAAUGCAUUCCCGUAUUAAAUAUAUAUUUUAGGAAAAUAUAUCGGAGAGUCGAGACAAGCAAAAAUUUCAAGUUGAAGCUACACUUAUAUCUCUGAUCAUUCCUGGUAUGUUUCUAAUACUAAUUAAGCAGUAAUAUAUAUCCGGACGUGUGCAGUCUUACCCACGUUUCAUCAGCACACUAUUUUGCUUAUUAUACUUCACCGCGGGUCUAUCACGCUUCAGCACCUGGACAGCUCCCCCUUUCUAUAGGACCUAUAUUUGGCAUCCGGAGUCCCAGAUUUAACUCGAAAUGGGGGGAGGACCCUCCGUUACCAGCAAAGAGUGGCUGAUGCCUUCGUCCACAUCCAGCGAUGCACUUAUAUAGUUUCGUGACGUGUCAGAGACUCUGGAUCGCGCCUCGGUGAAUGAUGAUGAUGAUGCCUUCGCUACGGACCGAGCUGUUUCGUCGUGCCCCGUACUCCCAGCAGCGGAUGGGCUGCCUGCCCAGUACCAAACUACCAAGGAUAGCAAGCCACACAUUGCGAUCGGGGAGCUUCCAGUACUGUAGUCAUCGGCAGAGGCAUUAUCGUCGUUACCGAGAGGACAGAAUAGGACAGUCAAUAAUGUAAUUCGGAAGAGGUUCAUUAUGAGAGAAGCAUAAUUACUUUUGGAAAGCUGGAGAAAUUGAAGUCAAGUGGAAGUGCUCCCUGUAUCUUCACCAUGGCCGACCCUGGGGUGGUGCAGCAGGCUGGUUAUGCAGACCUAGAAAGCAUCUCCCAGCAGAUGGAGGAGGACAACCAGCACAUCACCCCAGUCCAGCUUGUUAGCUUUGGCUACAGGGACUUCCCACUGGCAACACUGGACCUCUCUAUGGCUGGAUCACAGCUGCUCUCCAACCUGGAUGAGGAGGACACCAGGGAGGGGUCCAACUGGCUGAAACCGUGCUGUGGCUGGAAGACAAGUCUCUGGCAAAUCUUUCUGCUCAGCGUUGGAUUCAAUUGUGUCCUGGUGGCCUGUGUCGUGCUAGUGGUGCUGCUGCUGGCCUUGGAGCUCCUAAUAGAUACCAAACUCCUUCAGUUCGUCAACGCAUUCCAGUUUGCAAGCAUCAUUCACUGGACCAGCCUGGUCAUUCUGUCUUUGUUCUUCUUUGAGACUGUUUUCCGGAUUGUGGUUUUAGGGAUCUGGGAUUACAUUGAGAACAAGGUUGAGGUGUUUGACGGUGCUGUCAUCGUGCUCUCCUUGGCCCCAAUGGUGGCCUCUACGGUGGCCAAUGGGCCCAGUAGCCCCUGGGAUGCCAUCAGCCUCAUCAUCACACUGCGCAUCUGGAGGGUCAAGAGAGUCAUUGAUGCCUACGUGCUCCAGGUGAAGCUGGAGAUGGAUCUGGAGCUGCAGCAGUAUGAGAAGACCAAGGCACUUAGAGAGGAACAGCUGGAACGCCUGACACAGAUCUGCCAGGAGCAGGCGUUUGAGAUCCGGCAACUGCGGGCCCACCUGGCCCAGCAGGAUCUGGACCUGGCCGCGGAGCGCCAGGCCGCCAUAAAGAUGCACCCUGGCUGGGCCACACGGAAUGCCGCCUUCCAGGUCCUGGAGGGCCUGGGCCCUGGGGAGGCAGAUGGCGAAGGUCCGAGCACCAGGGAGAAUUGCCCCCGUGCAGAGCCUGUAGUUCAUGACGACAUGAACAACUACAUCAGCCAGUACUACAGCGAAUCGGGCAAAGGCACCCAUGGGGCACGUGUCAUCACCACCACAGCCAUUGAGGUACACCUCUCUGACCACGGGCUGCUGAGCGGUGACCCUACCAGCGUGUCGGUCACUCACUCGCCCCGGCCGGAUCCCAGUGUUCGGGUCACUCACUCUCCCCGGCCAGAUGCCAGUGCUCAUGUCGCACACCUGCCCCGACCGGAUCCCAGCGCUCCGGUCGCCCACCUACCCCAGCCGGAUCCCAGCGUUCUGGCCGCACACUCGGCCCGGCUGGAUCCCAGUGCCGUGGUGCAGGAGCUGCUGUCUUCGCUGUCAGAGGACUCCUGCCUGGCCCAGAAGGGCCUGGACCCCGUCAACCUGAAGAUGCCCAGCCCUGAGAUGGAGCACAGGAUCAACCUCUACAACAAGAAGAACCAGGAGAACCUCAACGUGCUCCACACCAAGCCACUGAUACACUUGCAGCCCUCGCUGGAGGAGAAGUGUAAACUCCGCAAGCCUCCUGACCCCCCCGUGGGCCGCGUGCCUGAGGCAUAGCGAGCUGAGGGGUACAAAUCUCCAUCCCGAGUCCCUUCUGAACAGCCCUUCCUGCCCGGAGGAGGAGAACCAGAACUGUAGCACCAUAGGAAGUGUACAACUGUUUUUGUGAAAGCGCAGACCAUACUGACAUGGUUAUGCAUUAAGUGCAUCUGAAACCACAGACAGUCCCAUUGUCAUUGCCAAGGGGUUGGAAUGGACUCAGACAUGGUGAGAAACUCAGAAAUACGCAGAGAAAAUCCUAGAGACUUCUCUUGCUCUGCUAUAAAAUACUAUAACAAAACUUAUGGUCUUCUCUGAUCCAGCUGCUGCAGGAUACGUCUGAUUGGACGACAUUUAUUUGCAGCAUAUUUCUUACUUUUGACCUUUUUCUACAAUUGGUGAGAACAGAAUUUGUAUUUAUAUCACCAGGGGUUAACUACCUGAUUUUCAAACUAAACUCCAGCCACCUGAGGACUUAAUGGAAGGGUUUACAAUGUUAAAUGGUGGAGAAAAAUGGACAUUGUAUUCAGUCACUAAACACGGCUCACUAAUCCUAUACUUUUUCUUAAUGUUGCAUAUGAUUAUUGGAGAGUGCAGGUGUUAGAAAAUUCAUUCUGAGAAAAUAGCAGGGAUUGAUUCUCUAUUGCUCAUUUCGACUGGUUUUCAAUACAAAGCGAAAGGUCCAGAAAACAUUUAUCUGCAGUUGUGAUGCAAUCAGGUGAGGCAGGAAAUCAACUUCUAUUCGCUGUUAUUUGGAAGGAACCGACAUGUGACACGAGAGCAGCAUCCAACUGAGGAAGCUGACAGCUUCACAGUGAAAAAAGUGAAAAAUGAAAAGUUGUGGAAGAACCCCACAAAGGGAGCUGUACCAUGCAGCUUCAGCUAAAUGGAAAUAAACCUACAGUCAGGAUCCAGACGGGGUGCUGUCCAUAAAUUGCUCGUAGUUUGUCUUCCCUCGUCUAAUGCUGUGUGAUUCCAGGGAUAGCGUCUGCGCUCACUGUACGUGAAUACUCAUUGUAUGUGGUAUUCUGAUUCAUUCAAUUGACUAAUUUAAGUUAUUGUUCCGAAUAGCCAAAAUUACGAGAAGGGUCUGGCUGCAGAAGGGGCCUGAGAGUGCGUGUCCUCUGUCAGGCCCCAUCCACUCUCAAGCCCCUACGUCAUUUCCGUUAAAACGACAUAAUCCGUCUUGUCACGAUAGAUUACGACUUGCCGACUGCCGCUACAAAAUCAAUUUUGUCCCGCAUAUAAUUCUUAAAACGCGGUAUGUAUGGCUUAACAGUUUAGAAAUUAAUCAUCACAUCGAAAUACGCGUGUGUCGAACUCCUCUCCUUACUACAGGCAACUCGUGUUUACCUUAAAGUCCUAAGACUAGUGCUCAGUCACAUAAUAAAGUCAGCCAAAGUCUGUUAUACUGUAUUCUGUUGGGUUUGAAAGAUUAACAGCUUAAUUUCCUUUUGCUGUGUUGUGAGAAAAAAAAACAUUUUUAUUAAAAACAACAUAGUUUGUAUAUAACUAGAAUAGUAGUUUUUCUUGUAGAAAUUUAAAUGAAAAAAAUGUUAAACAUCGUAAAAAUAUUGUACUUUGGCCAGUACCAAAGCACAACUAUUAUAUUUAUUGGCAAACGUUUAUUUAAAUUAGGCAAUUGUACAACUAUUGCAACUCCACAUUAUAUUAUUGUAUUCACAAUAUAAUUAAUCAUUUUGUUUUUGGGAUUUUUUUUUAUUAAAAAUGACUGGGGGGGGGGGAGUAUCAGUUCCCACCUAUGCACGCACGCACACACCCACCCAGUUCGUGUCCGUACGUUCACCAGAAGUAAAACUUAUCGGAAGGAACUAGAGCGCGUUGAACGAUCUCACUAGUCCUCAACCGUUGCUCCUGAAGAUCGCCACCGCAAGCCAAUCGUCGCAUGAACGUCAAACCUAUCGCUCCCGCCGCUGUGGCGUCUUUAUCUCCAGUCCUGCCCGUCCCACAGCUCAAUAACAUUUAGCAUACCUGUCACGGGAACUCACACACACCCAUGCAUGCGCACCUAUGGUGCCACCCCCACAUUAAAACAAAAAUACUGCCAUUUGCUGGUUUGUUUGCAACCCCCUCCCGCAUAAUACUUGCUUCGUAUACUCACUCCCCGUGUACAAUUCCCUAUUAACAACGCUAUACAAACAUUUAAAUGCUUACAUUAUUAAAGUACAAUAUUUCACGGCAUAUGGCACAAGAAAAUAAUUAUUAAAAAGUAAAUAUUAGCUAUAGUCUGAUGUCUCACAAUAAUAACACAUACAAUAGCACUAUAUUUAUUUAUACACAUAUGUACAACGGUAUUGUUCCGGUUUGAGACGGAGUCUAUCGUUUAAACGGAAAUUACGUAUUGGGGUUCGGGAAGACGGAUUCUGUCGUUUUAACGGAAAUGACGUAGGGGCUUGAGAGUGGAUGGGGCCUGACAGAUGACACGCACUCUCA